CAGGCCACCAAAACUUUCUCUCUUUCUUCUCUUUCACUUCCCAAGAACACUUCACAGUUAUAUUCUCGAAUCUGAUCUUCCUCCACAGUAUCUGAUUCCAAAGUCUCAAACUUGACAAAUGGGUGGCUCUGGAAACUGGAUUAAGUCUCUGAUAUCUAACAAGAAACCCAUCACUGAUGAUCAUCAGUUAGGUGAUAAGAACAGCAAGAAGAAAUGGAAACUGUGGAGGACUUCUUCAGAGAGUUUCAUCUCUUCCUCAAAAGGUUUCAAGAGCCGUGCUAGUAGCUAUGGAACUCCUUCUCUUGGCUCAGAUCCACCGUCUUUCUCCGCAGAUGAUUCUUUUGCAGCGUCUGUUGCUGCUGUUAUCAGAGCUCCACCUAAAGAUUUCCUUCUUGUUAAACGUGAAUGGGCUGCUACUCGGAUCCAAGCUGCUUUUCGAUCUUUCCUGGCAAGGCAGGCGCUGAGAGCUUUGAAGGCGGUGGUGAGGAUUCAGGCGAUAUUCCGUGGAAGGCAAGUCAGGAAGCAAGCAGAUGUGACAUUAAGGUGUAUGCAAGCUCUUGUUCGAGUCCAAGCUCGUGUACGAGCUCAAUGCAACAGGGCUCCUUCAGAUGGACAGGAGUUGGAGAAGCCAUCUGAAGAAAAGAAUGAUCCUGCUAAGCAAGCUGAGAAGGGUUGGUGUGAUAGCCCUGGAAGUGUGAAUGAAGUGAGAACGAAGCUACAAAUGAGGCAAGAAGGAGCUAUCAAGAGGGAGAGAGCUAUGGUAUAUGCACUCACACACCAGCCAAGGACGUGUCCAAGCCCUAACGCUAAGGUGAACAAACAAGGGAGCGUUAAGAAGAGUAGCGGGUCAUGCAAGAGCAGUCCGGGUUGGAACUGGCUCGACAGAUGGGUUGCAGACAGGCCAUGGGAAGGGCGGUUGAUGGAAGGUGGUCCCACAAACUCAUCAGACAACAACGCAAGGAAAAGCGAGAGCAGCGUGUCUGAACACGACGCGGUUCAGGUUAGGAAGAACAGUCUCACAACCAGAGUUUUGGCUAGACCUCCUCCAAUGUCAUCAUCAGCUACCAGUUCCGAGACUUCUUCGACGUCUCAGUCUCCGGUUCCCUUCUCAGGAAGUUUCCUUGAGGAAGGAGGGUAUUACAGGAAGCCAAGCUACAUGAGUCUCACACAAUCUAUCAAAGCUAAGCAGAGACGAUCAGGUUCUUGUUCCAAAACACCGUUUGAGAAGAAACAGUCCAUGUCUUUCAACGGAGAUGUCGAUGUAAAGCGUAGUGCUGGUUCGGAUCUGUAUCCACCUGCUCAAGUAACAGGGAGACAUAUGUGGGCAAAGAGCCAGAGAGGCUAAGUAAGCAUCGUUUCAACAGCUUGUUGGUCCCCUCCCCACUAAACAACAUACACGGAUUAUAGAUAAAGAAGCAAUCUCUGUGUAUCUUUUAGAUAUGAUUAGUUUGAAGAUUGCAAUGUCACUGUUUGGACCAUUUUAUCUCUUGCUUUCUAAUGUUCCUGAAAGAAUCUGUUCUUAUCUCUUGUCAAAAUAUGAAACCAAUAAGCUUCAC